ACUAGUGAUUAAUCUAUCUCGAGUUACUAAAUCUCUGAGAACACAUCAAGUAUUCAUCAAGCAGGCUAGAGACACUACAGUACCACUCAGAAUGAUAUAUUUGAUAUGUGUCCAUGCCUUUCUACUGGUCUGUGUACAGGCGCAACCCCCAAAAGCUCCAGAGGCAACCAAGGCCAUGGUUGGUCAAUUAGAGAGUCUAACAGACCAGUUCAAACAGCUUAAUGAAGCUUACAGAAAUUAUGUGUCUAAUAAGGAUUUCUCCGCUGAUGCAGCACCAGCUCCUGAAGGUGGAGCAGAUGCUGGAGGUGAAGGUGCUGAUGCACCAGCAGCAGGUGGUGAUGAGGCACCAGCAGAAGGUGGUGAUGGACCAGCAAAAGGUGGGGAUGCACCAGCAGAAGGUGCACCAGAAGGUGGUAAUGGGGCACCUGAUGGUGGAGAUGGACCAGCAGACAGUGCUGAUGCACCAGCAGAAGGUGCUGAUGGACCAGCAGAAGGUGCUGAUGCACCAGCAGAAGGUGCUGAUGCACCAGCAGAAGGUGCUGAUGCACCAGCAGAAGGUGCUGAUGCACCAGCAGAAGGUGCUGAUGCACCAGCAGAAGGUGCUGAUGCACCAGCAGAAGGUGCUGAUGCACCAGCAGAAGGUGCUGAUGCUCCAGCAGAAGGUGGUGAUGGAGCACCAGAAGGUGGUGAUGAGGGGGCUGGAGGUGAUGCACCAGCUGAAUAAGCUUGGUGUUGUUGGAAAGGACGUGAUUGGUGACCUAAAAGUUGAAGUUAAAAAAAUGGUGAUUUUUCAAA